CUCUGCCCCCACUCUCCGCCCCGGCCGCCAUUGCCUCGUGCCCGCGCCGGUCGGUUGGUGGCGCCUUUGUCCUACGGCGGGCAGGUGGGCUGAGGUGGAGGCGGCAGGGGCGGGCCUGAGGCGAAGGAGCGGCCGAGAGCCCGCCGCGCUGGUAGCGAUAUUAAUAAGGCAGCGGAAAGAAGAAAUAUGAAUACGGCUCCAUCAAGACCCAGCCCCACACGAAGAGAUCCAUAUGGCUUUGGAGAUGGUCGAGAUACAAGACGUGAUCGAUCCCCAAUUCGAGGAAGUCCAAGGAGAGAGCCCAGGGAUGGCAGAAAUGGCCGGGAUGCCCGGGAUAGCAGAGCCAUUCGAGACCCCCGAGACUUGCGGGACCACAGAGAUAGCAGAGACAUUCGGGAUCACAGAGACAGCAGAAGUAUGCGUGAUGCUCGGGACAUGAGGGACCUUAGAGACUUUCGUGAUCUAAGAGACUCUAGGGAUUUUCGGGAUCACCGGGACCCCAUGUAUGACAGAUACAGAGAUAUGAGAGACUCCCGAGAGCCCAUGUACAGGAGAGAAAGCUCUUAUGACCGAUACCUGCGAAUGGAUGACUAUUGCAGGAGGAAGGACGACCCUUACUUUGACCGUUACAGAGAUAGCUUUGAUGGACGAGGCCCUCCAGGCCCAGAAAGUCAGUCUCGUGCAAAAGAACGUUUGAAACGUGAGGAACGGCGUAGAGAAGAGCUUUAUCGUCAGUAUUUUGAGGAAAUCCAGAGACGCUUUGAUGCUGAGAGGCCUGUUGAUUGUUCUGUGAUUGUGGUCAACAAGCAGACUAAAGAUUAUGCUGAAUCUGUGGGGCGGAAGGUACGAGACCUAGGCAUGGUAGUGGACUUGAUCUUCCUCAACACAGAGGUGUCACUGUCACAAGCCUUGGAGGAUGUUAGCAGGGGAGGGUCUCCUUUUGCUAUCGUCAUCACCCAGCAACACCAGAUUCACCGCUCGUGCACAGUCAACAUCAUGUUCGGAACCCCACAAGAGCAUCGCAACAUGCCCCAGGCAGACGCCAUGGUGCUGGUAGCCAGAAAUUAUGAGCGCUAUAAGAAUGAGUGCCGGGAGAAGGAGCGAGAGGAGAUUGCCAGACAGGCAGCCAAGAUGGCAGAUGAAGCCAUCCUGCAGGAAAGGGAGCGCGGAGGCCCCGAGGAAGGAGUGCGCGGAGGGCACCCUCCAGCCAUCCAAAGCCUCAUCAACCUACUGGCAGACAACAGGUACCUCACUGCCGAGGAGACUGACAAGAUCAUCAACUAUCUGCGAGAGCGGAAGGAGCGCCUUAUGAGGAGCAGCACCGACUCUCUGCCUGGUGAGCUACGUGGCAGGGCCGAGGCCCGAUUUCCCGCCAACCACUCGGGGCGACCUCGGGUGCCUCGCUGAAGACACAGCCAAGCUCCCAACCGCUCCAGAGCGGCCAAGUGCUCCCCUCUGCUACACCCACUCCAGCUGCACCCCCCACCUCCCAGCAAGAGCUUCAGGCCAAAAUCCUCAGCCUCUUCAAUAGUGGCACGGUUGUGGCCAAUAGCAGCUCUGCAUCCCCUUCAGUUGCUGCCGGAAACACCCAGAACCAAAAUUUUUCCACGGCAGCGAACAGCCAGCCUCAGCAAAGAUCACAGGCCUCUGGCAAUCAGCCUCCAAACAUUUUGGGACAGGCGGGAUCUGCUCGGAACAUGGGCCCCAGGCCUGGGGCUCCUUCCCAAGGGCUCUUUGGCCAGCCUUCCAGUCGCCUGGCACCUACUAGCAACAUGGCUAGCCAGAGGCCCGUGUCUUCCACAGGUAUCAACUUUGACAAUCCAAGUGUACAGAAGGCUCUGGACACCCUGAUCCAGAGUGGCCCUGCUCUCUCCCACCUGGUUAGCCAAACUACAGCACAGGUGGGGCGGCCCCCGGCCCCGUUGGGAUCCUACCAGAGGCAUUACUGAGGCUAAGUCUCUCAACUGUCCCCAGUCCCCUCAUCCCCUGGCCUCCUCCCACCUACUGCGUUCAAAUAGAGUUAUUUGGAGGAUGUUCUCUGCGCCUCUCCAGGUCUACAUCGAAUGUUUCUACCACCUGCUCUCUCUUCUGCCCAAGGCUUUGUUGCUUAUUCCUUCCAGAGUCAGAGUUUAUACUGCAUUUGGGGGUGUAUAUCUUUUUUGUUUUUGGUUUUUGUAGAAAAUAAAUAUCUCUGGGGUCAUUUGGGCAGUAUAGGUGUCCGGGCUCAGUUUAUAUUUCAUGGGUUUCUCUGGUCUCUGUCAGCUGGAUUUGGGGGUUGGGGAGAAGGAAGAAGCCACGCCCCGAUCGACUGAGUUUGGAACAGCAUUUUCAUGUCCGUCGCCACCGCCUUUGUUCAUUUUGAACCUACCAAGGUUUUUUUCAGCUUCACACAGGCCGACCAGAGCUCAAGCUCCUGUCUGCAGCUGCUUCCUAGGGUUGCAGAAAGCCAGCCUGGGCUGGGCAAGCACGGUGUCCUCGUGCCCCAUUCCAUGUGUAUGGGGUCUGCCGGAGGAUUCAUAAAGCAGCUGCUCUGGAGUUUGUCUAGGAGAGUGCGUGGCGGCCAUGGAAGCAGGCACUUUUCUGCCUAAUCCAGGGUUGUUAGUUUGGGGUUUUCUUCCUUUCUUUUUUUCUUUCUUCUUUUCUUUCUUUUUUCUUUCUUUCUCUUUCUUUCUUUCUUUUUCUUUCUUUUCCUUCCUCCCCUUUCCUUUUUUUUCUUUUUUCUUUCCCUUUCUUUCUUUCUUCCUUUCUUUUUUUCUCUUUCUUUUCAUUUCAUUGGAGGAUCUCCAAUGGAUUGAACAGCUCCAGUCACCAGCAGUUCAACAAGAACUGUAAUCUGGGCCCUGACCACUCUCACCCCCUUAACGUUUUUGUCAGCUUCUCCCUCUCCAGUGCUAGUUUCAUGGAGGUUCUGAGAAAGCAACUCUAGACUCUGGCAGGGAACACCCUUUUUUUUUUCAGUGAUUGUUUUGAGCUUUUGGCUCAGAAAUCAGGCUCUUAUUUUCAUUUGGACUCUUCUGUUUCUGAGCAGCAGGAGGUAGGGACCAUUUUGAUGUCAGACUUUUGGUAGCUGGACAUGUCCUUGAUACAGGUGGUUGUUCAUAACUUUUGAGCCAGAGUGAAAUUAUUAGAGGGAGGACUUCUGGCUGCUGCUCUCUAUGGAGCCAAAGGAAGCUGCCCUCUCCCUAGGGAUGGUGCUCAUCAGAGCCCUGUGGGUCACAGUCUCAAGGGUCCCCUGCAGGGAUGAGGGAGGGCAGGGACCUCAGCUGAGUCCUUGCCAGUGGCUGAGCAAACAAUGCUUUCAAAAACUCAAGGUCCCCGAUGGCAGCGUUUUAUGUUCUGACCUGUUUGUGUUCUAUAGUGUUUUUUUCCUCUUUGGAAUUCUGUGUUGUUAAUAAGAUGAGAUGAUUACUUUUUAUUAAAAUGAAAAAGUAAA